GCAUUAAUUGCGGAAUUUUUGGACUUUCAUUUUUCAGUAUCCGAGAGCUAUGCUUAGCGCAUCAACAGAAAAAUAAACUUAGAAAUUAUUAUACACGAAACAUAGAUGAGCUCAUCAGCAGUAUUAUUACUGGUGGUUUGACUGGUGGUUUGUUCUCGGCAAUUAUCCAUGGCCGCCAAGGCCUUCUAUCUAGCAUCUUUCUUUUCUCUUUUAUAAGUGGCUUGGGACAUGUUUGUUAUACUAGUGCAUAUAACUAUAGACAUCAGUUAAUUCUUAAAUCGAAAAAUAUACAACCAUACUCCCCGCCUAUGUCAAAUUCCAUGACCAAAGAAAUUUCGAAUAAUGAUAAAAAAGAAUAUAAUGACAAAAAAGAAUCGAAAGACAAAAAAAUGACGGAGGGGUUUCUCAAUUGGCUCGCCGCAAAAAAAUGGACUGGUAUUAAAAAGUUAUCAGAGGAAGAAUACAAUCAGAUCAAACAGGCUAGAGCCGAAGCUAAGGAAAUGCAAUUAGGAAAUUUACCAAAAAUAAAUGAAAGUUCGGAUAAUCGAUCGUAA